CACAGUGCUUAACUAGAUUUCGUUAGACGCAACUAACCUUAAGCAUAACAAGUCGACUUGAACUAAAUUUUUGUAAUAAAAUAUAUAUUGGAUAACAUGUAUCGUUUAAAGAUAAUUGUUGCGUUUGCGUUGUGGCUGACUGCUACGUGCAGUGGGAAAAAUAUCGUACUGAUCAUUACUGACGAUCAAGAUUCAGUGCUGAAUGGAAUGGAACCAAUGCAGUUUACCCGAAAACUAAUUGCAAACGAAGGUGUAGAGUUUAAGAAAGCCUUCGCUGCAGUGCCAAUCUGCUGUCCAAAUCGUGCAUCAAUCCUAACAGGCCGAUAUCAACACAACCAUAGAACUUUCAACAAUUCGAUAGCAGGUGGUUGCAACAGCGAUGAGUGGAGAAACAUUCACGAGAAAAAUACUUUUGCAGCAGUACUAAAACAACAAAUGAGAUACAAUACAUUCUACGCCGGAAAAUACUUGAAUGAGUACGGUGAGAAAAGUACUGGUGGUGUAGCUCACAUUCCACCAGGAUGGGACAAGUGGUACGGAUUAGUUGGUAAUUCGAAAUAUUAUAAUUAUACAUUGUCAAACAAUGGUCGCGAAGAGUGGCAUGGAACACGUCAAUCUGACUACUUGACGGAUGUCAUCUGGAUGUAUGCCAGCCAGUUCUUGAAAGGACAGAAAGCCGACAAACCUUUCUUGAUGGUUUUGGCACCACCAGCACCGCACGAACCUUUCACCGCUCCGACUCGAUAUGUUGACAAGUACAAGGGCAAGAUAAAAGUACCAAGGAAUCCAAAUUUUAAUACUGAUAACCCAAGAGACAAACACUGGCUCGUCAGAAUGGGUAUGUCACCUUUACCCGUGGAUGUCACAACGCGUUUGGAUGACAUUUAUAGAAAGCGAUGGGAAUCACUUUUGGCUGUCGAUGAAAUGGUUAACAAUGUUUAUACCACCUUGGCUGCGCAAAAUUUGCUUAACGAUACUUACAUAAUUUAUACUUCAGAUAAUGGAUUUCAUAUAGGUCAGUUUAGCAUGCCAUACGAUAAAAGGCAGCCAUACGAAACAGACAUCCGAGUACCACUGAUGAUGCGUGGACCAGGUAUCGUUCGUGGGACAGAAGUCAAGUCAGCGGUGAGCAGCGUUGAUUUAUUUGCUACUAUUCUCGAAAUCGCUGGAGUAGAACGUCCUUCUGACGGCGUGUCAUUGCUGAAUUACGAAGUAUUGGAUAGGACUGUAUUAGUCGAGUAUCAUGGUGAGAAGUCUCAUGGGAAAUCAAAUUCCGGAUGUCCUACUGAUGCUGAUCUUAAUCUUGCGUUGUGUCACAAAGAUUUUGCCUGCAAGUGUCAAGACGCAGCCAACAAUACUUAUACUUGCGUGAGACGAGUUGCUGAACAUUACAACAACGUUUUUUGUCUUUUUUACGACGACGAGCACUUCGUUGAAUACUAUGAUAUGAUAAAUGAUCAGUUUCAAUUGACAAAUUUAGGACCUCGAAUGAACAGUGGACAACGUUACAGAUUCAGAAAACGAGUGAAGAAAAUGUCUAUUUGCAAAGAUGCAACCUGUAUAUUGACGAAUCCUCCUUAUAAAGCGCAUGCGCAUUGACAUGAUUUUAAUCCCAAUAAAGACUUAAAAAAUGUGAUCUUGUCACUUGUCAAUUUUUUAUGCAUUAUAUAGAAUUUUUUUAAUACAUGUAUCGAAUCUCAGGUAAAAAUAAAAACAUCAAUAUUUACAA